AUGGCCGAGGGUAACGAGAACGAGGCAUCUGGAAGCCUACAAUGGAUUAAAGAGCAGCAACAUCGCCAUGUGGAUUCCACGUCCAGGUACUCCAUAGUCACCGCUACCAACCGCUACCAUCCGCGGACUCCGGACGUCACUCAAAUCAACACCAUCAAACUCACAAGCCCUGAGAGCUUUGACACCAAAUUCACAGUUAGAGGUCAGAGUUCCAAACAUGCACGCCUCCUGCACUUCUAUCCUGGUGCUAGGAUCCCGCCAUAUGCAUCAAGCUUGCAAAGGUAA